CACUUGUGAAAAAGUAAUUAACCAAAACAUUUCUUACAUUUUUCCCCCAAAACACCAUUGACGUUUGGAUUGAAUUUAGCUAGCCGUCGGCUGCCACAACUCCGCCGCCGCAUUCCGUCGACUACAUAAUGGAUACGACUUACACCGCCGGCAGUUCCUCCAACGAAGCUAUUCUCCAGCAACUCAGACAUGGCACAGCGAACUUCGAGAUCACAUCUUCCCCGGUUCCUUCAGUUUCCGGUCACUGCAUCAGAAGCUCACCUUCUUUUCCCCCACUGACUAAUGCCUCGCCGUUGUUCUUCGCCAGGAUUGGACCUCCGCCAAGUCCAGGUUCGCCGGCAAUGAAGAAAGUUGAACGUUAUUCUGUUCGAAAAGUUACUGGCGAUGGCCGCUGCCUAUUUCGUGCCCUGGUAAAAGGAAUGGCACAAAACAAGGGCAUGUCACUUGGACCGAGGGAAGAGAGAGAGAGUGCAGAUGAGUUACGGAUGGCUGUAAAAGAAGUUAUAUGUGACAGUGACAAAGAGCGUCGUCAAUAUGAAGAGGCGUUGGUUGCAAUAACUGUUGAGGAAUCUUUGAGAGGUUACUGCCAAAGGAUAGGAAGGCCGGAUUUUUGGGGUGGAGAGGCUGAACUUCUGGUGCUAUCAAAAUUGUGCAGCCAACCAAUAGUUGUAUACAUUCCGGAACGUGAGCAUGGUGGACGGGGAUCUGGUUUUAUUCCUAUUCAAGAAUAUGGAUCCGAGUUUCAUAAAAGCUGGAGAAAAGAGAAGCCUAAACAGGCCGUGCGAUUACUUUACACGGGCAGAAACCAUUAUGACCUGCUUGUCUGACUUCAUAUUUUGCCAAAAGCCUGGAUAGUGGACACUGAUGUUGUAUUCUUCUUAAAUGGAAAGCUCAGAUUAGUAAUCAUGUUUUGUUUAGGUUCCCGUUCAGUGUCUUUUUUUUUAACAAAAUAUUCUAAUGGUUCCUUUCAUUCUUCCAUUGUUUGAUUGUUUUUUCUUUCUCA